CGACUCGCUCCUUCCUCUUCCCCCUCGUCCUCCUGUUUUACCUGCUUAAAAACACCAUUGCGCACCCUCAUUGUCCAUCCGCAAUGUCCAUCGCCGCCGUUACUCGCCCAUUGGCGUCGCGCAUGCUCUCCCAGCGCCUCCCUCUCGCUGCGGCCACCCGUCGGACUGUUCCCGCUUUCCCGCGGGGAAGCAUGAGGGCGUUCUCGAGGAGCUCGCAGUUGGAAGUCAAGAAAUACACCGAGUCACACGAAUGGAUUGACCUCGCCGACAACAACAUCGCAACCAUCGGUAUCACCGAGUACGCUGCCAAAUCUCUCGGCGACGUCGUCUACGUUGAACUGCCCACCGCCGACCUCGAGCUCAGCGCCGGCGAGCCCGUGGGCGCCGUCGAAUCGGUCAAGUCCGCCUCCGACGUGUUGUCGCCCGUGUCAGGAAAGAUUAUCGCAGGGAACGAGACGCUGGGGGACAACCCAAAGACCAUCAAUGCCAGUCCCGAGGCGGAUGGCUGGAUUGCGAAGAUCGAGGUGAACGAUCCGAGUGAGUUGGAUGCAUUAAUGGAUAAGGAGGCUUAUCUGGAAUCUGUUGGGGAGCAUUGAUCGAGUUUAGAUUUGCGGUCAAUUCUUUUUUGUAGGCUGGUUUGCUUUUUGUUUUGUGUGUGGAUUAUUAUGGAUUACGAUCCAGAUCGCUUCAUCGGAUUUGCAUGCGGUGAGCCUGAAUUUCAACAAUGGCUCCGUCUAUAUAACCAGUUAGAUUUCAAUCACAUAUUCAAUUUUAUAACAUCACUAGAU